UAACUGAUCUGUAAAGCAUUAGUACCCAAUGAAGCCAUUAGAUGCAGCCUUUAUAAAUGGUGCCCUAACUCUUUGAAAGACAGUGAGUGAGUUGAACUUUAACAGAAGCAGUUUUUACUUCUUUUCCACCCCUGAUCUGAUACUUUUACUUACGUAAAGGACCUAAGCAAGCUACUUGUUUCUAUCGCUGCUGGCGAUGGCAGACAGCGGCUGGGUCAUGUGAAGGUCAGCAGCGGAGGAGGUUCAUGGAGAGUUCACUUGCAUACAUUAGGUAACACCAUCGGUCGCUGUGACAUAACUAGUAUGAUGCAGGCUGAGCUGGGACAUUAGUCAAUAACGAGGAGAUAACAAGAAAAGUCCGGGAGCAAACUUUGUUAUGCAAAGCAGCCUGCAGCUCUCGAUGCGCUAACCUGGGUCUCUCUGCUGGGGCGCAGUACGCUGGCUGGCCUCAGCAACUUCAGACCAUCUGUGUGGAAAUAUAGGUCUGCUCCUGAGCGUGCACGCCUCUCUACAUCUAAGACAGUCAUGCUGUACUUUUAAAACACGUUUUCAUCAAGCUCAACGUCGGCGGUGCAAACAGGGAGAACCCAUCCUGCUGUCACGGAUUUACAACAUCACCAGACGGACUUCUCUGAAGCCUGAUCAUGUUCGACUACAUGGAAUUUCAAACUUUGGGUCACGGAGAAAUCACCGACUUCUACAACACACCCAGUCCUCCCUGCAUGCUGCAGGAGCUGGACCAGGACCUGGCAGCCUUCUUCCCCGAGCUGGUGGAGUCGGACUGGCCGCAGCACCGGUGCUCGCAAUCAGUGGCCAGCCAGAGCUCCAGCUCCAGCUCCAUCUCAGAGGAUCUGCUCACCAGCACCCCCUCUCCACCCCCACCCCCUCGCACUUAUAAACCCUGCUUUGUGUGUCAAGAUAAGUCCUCAGGCUACCACUAUGGAGUCAGCGCCUGCGAAGGCUGCAAGACAAAAUACCAAUAUCAUCAUAAACUCUCCAACUGUCAUAUACGGGGCUUCUUCCGCCGAAGCGUACAGAAAAACAUGGUGUACACUUGCCACCGCGACAGAAACUGCAUCAUCAACAAGAUCACCAGGAACCGCUGUCAGUACUGUCGGCUGCAGCGGUGCUUCGCUGUGGGAAUGUCCAAAAAGUUGAGAAAUGACCGAAACAGGCGGAAGGGGAAGAAGGAAGCGGUGAAGAUGACCAUUAUGGAGACGUAUGAGCUGACAGCAGAGCUCGGUCUGAUAGUAGAGAAGAUCUGCAGGGCUCACAGAGAGACCUUCCCCUCCCUUUGCCAGCUGGGAAAAUAUACCACAAACUCUAGCUCUGACCACAGGAUCCAGCUGGACCUGGGUCUGUGGGACAAAUUCAGUGAGCUCGCCACCAAGUGCAUCAUCAAGGUGGUGGAGUUUGCCAAGCGAGUGCCAGGCUUCACCGGUCUGACCAUUGCUGACCAGAUCACUCUGCUCAAAGCCGCCUGCCUGGACAUCCUGAUCCUGAGAAUUUGCACUCGAUACACUCCUGACCAGGACACCAUGACCUUCUCUGACGGGCUGACCCUAACCCGCACUCAGAUCCACAACGCUGGAUUUGGACCACUGACAGAUCAUGUUUUCACUUUUGCCGGACAGCUGCUGCCACUGGAGAUGGACGACACAGAGAGCGGCCUUCUCAGCGCUAUCUGCCUCGUCUCCGGAGACCGACAGGACCUGGAGGAGCCGUCCAAGGUGGAGGUGCUGCAGGAGCCGCUGCUGGAGGCGCUGAAGAUCUACUCCCGGAAACGGCGGCCCAGCAUGCCCCUCAUGUUCCCCAAGGCCCUCAUGAAGAUCACUGACCUGCGCAGCAUUAGCACUAAAGGGGCUGAGCGGGUGGUGACACUGAAGAUGGAGAUCCCAGGCUCCAUGCCUCCUCUGAUUGAGGAGAUGCUGGAGGAUCUGCAGGACCUGGAGAAACACCAGAAGAAACACUCAGAGGAGAGCAGAGCAGAGGAAAACAAUCUCCUCACAGUAUGAACUCCUCUGGUUUUAUCCUCUGAAGCUGCUCUAAGAACACUUGGUCCAUCUCCCCUCCCAGAGGAAACACUUACAGAAGCUGUCCAGAUGGUUACUAUGGUCUUUGUUCUGUUAAUAAUCAGAGCCUGAUCUGCAGAUAUGACUCUGUUGUUUAAAGAAGAGAUUCAGUUGUUACACCAAUGACCUCUUUUAAGAAAGAAAAGCUAAUGUCUGUCGGCUCAGAUGCUGCUGCAAAGGGGAAAAGAAUGCAGUCGUGUUUUCAUCUUCCCCCAUUUAACUUUUGGACCCUUAGUUGCAUAGCUACUGGGAAUCAUUCUCAGCUUUUCUUUGUCUGGUUUUUACUGUAUUUGCAUGACAUAACACAUGCACUAAUUUUUACCUCAUUAAAUAUCACUGCAUUUAGCAUUAGUGUAGUAAAGAAAGUAAACAUCGGGAAUGGGUAUUUUUGAUCUUUUUACAUUUUAUCUGUAUUUGUUCACUUGUCAAAGUCUACUGUUUGCACCUGACAUGUUGAUUUGCUUUAUAUCUGCAGAAACAAAAGCUUAUAAAGGUGAAAAUUCCUGAUUUGAAAGUGAAGAAUGUUUAACCAAGUGUAAGAAAUCUUCACUGUAAGCAGCCUGUGGACUGUCAUGUGCUUACUCUAAAUGUGCCAACAUCUUUCAUAUCUGAGAAUUUUACAUGGUUUUUGGAUUUGUCCACCUGGUCCAGUGAGUGUUAAUGUCUUCAUGUACUCAUCCGUGUUCCUCAUUACUCGGUAUGACUACUGAAUAUACACAUAUAUGAUCAUAUUUCAUGGUACAUUAGGUUGUGAAGUUGCUAGACAGAUCACAUUUCAUGUGCUUUUGUUGCUCUGUUAAGGUCUUAUGUACUGGAUUCCAUGUUGCCGUUUCAUGUUUCCACUGACACUGCAGGAUUUUGUUAUGGCUGAGGUGACGCAACGGUUCAUGUUUAAUGUUGUGAAGCUGUGAGGUCAACCUGUCUUCUCUCAAAAGCACGGUUCAUACUGCCCCCUGUGGAUCUUGUAGGGAAUCACAUGACAGUACAGUAAAUAUUUCAAUCCACUGGGUUGAUCAGUUCAUGGAAAAUUAAUCCCAGAUUUCACAGAAAAAUUUGCUACAUUUAAGUAUGUUGUGCAGGUGGAUUUGUUUCAUAUAUCCAGUUUGCUAAGAUAUAAAAGGUCAAUAUGAGUUUCUUUCAGUUUACAUUAGGCUGCAGUGUCUACUGAGAUAACAGCACCAAUGUUGUCAACAUUAUUGUAAGAAAUAAAUGCUCCCUACUGUUUAAAUUCCCUCACCAUCAGUAAUGGAAACUCUUAAGUACACUUAUCCAAGUGUAGUGCUCGAGUACACUCUUAAAGUGCCUGUUUUUUACUAGUAUUCCCAUAUCAUGUUACUUCACUUCAGGGGGACAUACUGUACUUUCUACUCCACUACAUUUUAUCUGACAGUUGUAGUUAUGCUACAGCUUAAGAUAUUUUAAAAAAGAAAAAAAUAAUAAGGAUAAGCUUGUGACUUUUUACAAGCAAACAGAUCCAAAAAGGU